CUUUGGCCCGGCGCUCUAAUCACCGCGGCCCAAUGACGAUGAGGCUCUACCCUUCCCGCCCAGGACCCAGGGAGACAACCGUGGGACAGUCCGAGGCGGCUUUAUUACUGUUGCCGCCACGGCUGCAGCAACAGCUCCUGGGCUCCGCAGAGGCACCAGCUCACCUCCGCUGUCCCCAACACCCGGCCCUUCGGGGCGGCACCUAACAACCACAGGCGCUUGCAUCUAGAUUUGGUUGGCGAGAGAUACUUGGUUUCAGAGGGCUCGGGAUCCGAGGCCAUCGCGGUCGUGGGACCCAAGAUACAGGGAGUAUGGAAACCGGAAUCUCAACUUCGAAGCAGACCAGCUUCGUCAAAGGGGAUCCGCAAGUUCGUUGCAUUGAAGAUUCUGGAGGCGCUGAGGCUGUGUACGUUGCUGAUUCCAAGAACCCUGAAGACAACCGACCCGAAGAUGAGCCGGACCGCUGCAACCCGGAGAACUCCGGGCAGCUGAUGGCUUCCUAUGAGGGUAAAGCUAGGGGAUACCAGGUGCCUCCCUUUGGCUGGCGCAUCUGCUUAGCUCACGAGUUUGCAGAGAAGAGGAAACCCUUUAAUGCCAACAACAUCUCUCUAAGCAACAUGAUAAAGUAUAUAGGCAUGGGCUUGAGGUACUUUCAGUGGUGGUACCGGAAGACUCAGGUGGAGAAGAAGACACCUUUCAUUGAUAUGAUCAAUUGUGUGCCCUUGAGACAGAUUUAUGGUUGUCCCUUAGGUGGCAUCGGGGGAGGUACUAUCACCCGUGGCUGGAGAGGCCAGUUCUGUCGUUGGCAGCUCAACCCUGGAAUGUACCAACACCGGACAGUCAUUGCUGACCAAUUUACAGUGUGCUUACGGCGGAAAGGGCAGACUGUGUACCAGCAAGUCCUGUCCUUGGAGCGUCCGAGUGUCCUACGCAGCUGGAACUGGGCCUUCUGUGGCUUCUUUGCCUUCUAUCAUGCCCUCUAUCCCCGAGCCUGGACUGUUUAUCAGCUUCCCGGCCAGAAUGUCACUCUUACCUGCCGCCAAAUCACACCCAUCUUACCCCAUGAUUACCAGGACAGCAGCCUCCCGGUUGGAGUCUUUGUGUGGGAUAUCGAAAAUGAAGGGGACGAAGCCCUGGAAGUGUCCAUCAUGUUCUCUAUGCAGAAUGGACUGGGGGGUGGGGAUGAUGCCCCAGGGGGGUUGUGGAAUGAGCCGUUCAGUCUGGAACAAGAUGGGGAAACUGUACAGGGGCUACUGCUGCAUCACCCCACCCUUCCAAACCCCUACACAAUGGCUGUGGCUGCACGACUUACGGCAGAUACCACGGUAACCCACAUCACAGCCUUUGACCCUGACAGCACUGGGCAGCAAGUGUGGCAGGAUCUACUUCAGGAUGGACAGCUGGACUCCCCCACUGGCCAAAGUGCCCCCUCUCAAAAAGGAGUAGGUAUCGCAGGGGCUGUGUGUGCCACAAGCAAGCUGCCACCUCGAGGCCGAUGCUGCCUGGAGUUCUCGCUGGCAUGGGACAUGCCCAGGAUCAUGUUUGGAGCCAAGGGCCAGGUCUACUACAGGAGGUACACCAGGUUCUUCGGUCAAGAUGGCAGUGCUGCACCUGCCCUUAGCCACUAUGCACUGUGCCGAUACGCAGACUGGGAAGAGAAGAUCUCAGCUUGGCAGAGCCCAAUACUGGAGGACAGAUCCUUGCCUGCCUGGUACAAAUCUGCACUGUUCAAUGAACUGUACUUCCUGGCCGAUGGAGGCACGGUAUGGCUGGAAAUUCCUAAGGACGCCCUACCAAAGGAGCUGGAGGGGAACAUGAGGCAGCUCCGCCCCCUGCUACAGGAGUACGGACGAUUUGGCUACCUUGAGGGCCAGGAGUAUCGCAUGUACAACACGUAUGAUGUGCACUUUUACGCUUCCUUCGCCCUCCUCAUGCUCUGGCCCAAACUUGAGCUCAGCCUGCAGUAUGACAUGGCUCUGGCCACUCUCCAGGAGGACCUAACACAACGACGGUACCUGAUGAGUGGUGUAAUGGCACCUGUGAAGAGGAGGAACGUCAUCCCCCAUGACAUUGGGGACCCAGAUGAUGAGCCAUGGCUCCGAGUCAAUGCCUAUGUCAUCCACGACACUGCUGACUGGAAGGACCUGAACCUGAAGUUUGUGCUGCAGGUUUAUCGGGACUAUUACCUGACGGGUGACCAAGGCUUCCUAAGGGACAUGUGGCCUGUGUGUUUGGCCGUGAUGGAGUCUGAGAUGAAGUUUGACAAGGACCACGAUGGACUCAUUGAGAAUGGAGGCUAUGCAGACCAGACCUAUGAUGGAUGGGUCGUCACAGGGCCGAGUGCAUACUGUGGAGGGCUGUGGCUGGCAGCUGUGGCUGUGAUGGUCCAGAUGGCUACUCUGUGUGGAGCAAAGGACACCCACGAAGAGUUCUCUUCCAUUCUCAGCCGAGGCCGAGAAGCCUACGAAAGGCUGCUGUGGAAUGGUCGCUAUUACAACUAUGACUGCAGCACCCGACCUCAGUGCCGGAGCAUCAUGUCUGACCAGUGUGCCGGCCAGUGGUUCCUGAGGGCCUGUGGCCUAGGAGAAGGAGACACGGAGGUUUUUCCUAGCAGACAUGUGGUGCGUGCUCUCCAAACUAUCUUCGAGCUUAAUGUCCAGGCCUUUGCAGGAGGGGCCAUGGGGGCUGUGAAUGGGAUGCAGCCCCACGGUGUCCCCGAUACGUCCAGUGUCCAGUCUGAUGAAGUCUGGGUGGGUGUGGUCUAUGGGCUGGCAGCCACCAUGAUCCAGGAGGGCCUGACUUCCGAGGGCUUCCAGACAGCAGAAGGCUGCUACCGCACCGUGUGGGAGCGCCUAGGCCUGGCCUUCCAGACUCCUGAAGCAUACUGCCAGCAGCGAGUGUUCCGCUCCCUGGCAUACAUGCGGCCUCUGAGCAUCUGGGCCAUGCAGCUGGCCCUGCAGCAGCGUCAAAAGGCCUCCAGGCCAGUAGUUGAACAGGACACAGGACCAGGGGAAACCAUGGAAAAUCUGGACCCAGAGUGAGCGCUGUGACUGUGGGAGGGAGAAGCUAACAACCCAGCCUCCAGCCUGGCCUUCUCUCCCUCCCAUUAAACCUCCUGCAGCACUGAGCCACCAGGACAAUCACACCUCCCUCCCCACCACCCAACUGGGCCAGUAAACAGGGGCUGGGGGUGAGCCAGGAAUCCCAAUCAUUUAUUUAUUUCUUUCCUUACCCGUUCCCUGCAUGAAAUGUUCAAGGUCCACUUAUGGGAUGAUGGAGACAGGCAGGUAUAAAAUAAAACCCCAGAAAGC